GAUCUGCAUAUUUACUGGGCAUGACGAGCCCUGCCUUUUGUUAACCGGACGGAAGAGUUGCGGAUCGACACAGAUCGAACAACAUCAAAUGGAUUUGGAUCGGAGUUGAUAGCGGAGGACACGUGCAACAUGGAGAACCCAGUGGAGAAGCGGAUUCUAGAGGAGUAUAAUAAGAUUGAUUCCUAUCGCUCCAACGAUUUCAUGUUCCGCAAGCUCGAUUGGACCUCAUAUGAAUGGCAAGGUGCACUCAGAGGCCCUGCUGGAACUGAACUCGAGGGUGGAAUUUAUCAUGUGCGGCUCCUGUUUCCGAAGGAAUAUCCAUGGGAGGAACCUUCAUUCAUCUUUUUGACGGAAAAUGGUUCCUUCAAUAUCGAAACCAAGGUAAGAUUAAAAUGGGAGCCAUCAAGGAGGGUGCGACAGGCUUUUCUUGAACUCAUUGAAUUAAUGACCACAUGCCCACAUUUUAAUUCGGGUUCAGUAGAACACAAGGAAGAAAGGCGUCGUCUGGCCAAGAAAUCUAGUGUAGCAGCCCCAAAAUUUGGCACUGAUGAACGUCAGAAGUUAAUUGAUGUGAAUCAUCAAUAUAUGCAAAGGGAGACGAGAAACACUUCCCUGACACAGAGAUGUGAGGAAGAGGUGGUUGUGGUUGUGGAUCGAGUCGGACCAACACAGAUGGAAUCGGAUCGGAGUGUGAUUGUGGAGGACAAGUGCAACAUAAAUAACUCAGGGGAGAAGCGGAUUCUAGAUGAGUAUGAUGACAUUAAAUCCAAACCCUCCGAUGAUUUCACGUGCCUCAAGCUGGGGUGGAAGAAUUAUGAAUGGCAAUUUGCAAUCAGAGGCCCUCGUGGAACUGAAUUUGACGGUGGGAUUUAUCAUGGGAUGGUCACGUUUUCAGAGGGAUACCCAUCGAAUCCUCCUUCAAUCGCGUUUUUGACGAAAAAUGGUUGCUUCGAUAUCCAAACCGUGAUCAGCUUAAGUCGAUUCUCGAACUGGCAGCCAUCAUUGAGUGUGCGAGAAAUUUUAGUUGCAUUUAUUGAGGAAAUGGCUACCAAUCCAAAUGGUGGAUUGGUUCCAGGAGAAAACAGUAGGGAAGAAAGGCGUUCUCUGGCCAUCCAAUCUCGUGCAGUAGCCCCAAAAUAUGGUACUUUUGCCCGUCAGCAGGUAAUUGAUGAGAUUCAUCAAUUUAUGCUAGACAACACACCUCUUUCUGUUCCGCAAGUGAUCCCUGUGCCCUCACAGGCCUCCAACGGUACAGGCGGCGGCUCUUUCGUCAACAGCAUCGUUGGGAAUACAUUUAUUGUUAACGGAUCCGAACGUGUUGGAAUUUUUCGAGUUGAGAAUUAUGGAGGUUUUUUUGGGGGGGUGUUUUUGGUCAUACUCUGUAGCGUAGUCUUUCUUUUUAUUGGUCGCUCGUCAACAGCGUAGGAAUGCUGCCUCCCA